GCGGUCCUGUCACGCUCGCACGGGGACGAGGCCGCGGCGGCGAUGGCGGAUUUCGAUCCCUACGACGACCGGGCCUACAGCAGCUUCGGCGGCGGCCGCGGGUCUCGUGGAGGUGGCCUUGGUUCCCGCAGAAAUAAAGAGCUGCCAACAGAACCCCCUUUCACAGCUUAUGUGGGAAAUCUGCCCUUCAACACUGUCCAAGGAGACAUAGAUGCCAUUUUCAAGGAUCUCAGCAUAAGGAGCGUACGACUAGUCAGAGACAAGGAAACAGACAAAUUUAAAGGAUUUUGUUACGUAGAGUUCGAUGAGGUGGAGUCACUCAAGGAAGCUCUUACAUACGAUGGUGCACUUUUGGGUGACCGGUCACUCCGAGUGGACAUAGCAGAAGGCAGGAAACAGGAUAAAGGUGGCUUUGGCUUCAGAAAAGGUGGCGGGCCUGAUGACAGAGGAAUGGGAGGAGGUUCCAGAGAAUCCAGAGGAGGUGGAUGGGAUUCCAGAGAUGACUUCAAUUCUGGAUUCAAAGAUGAUGACUUCCUGGGAGGUCGGGGUAGAGGAACCCGCCCUGGAGACCGGCGGCCGCCAGGUGCCUCCAUGGGGAGCGGUGGCACUGGUCGCUUCAGAGAUGGGCCUCCCCUCCGUGGCUCUUCCAUGGACUUCAGAGAGCCAACAGAAGAGGAGCGAGCACAGCGACCCCGGCUCCAGCUCAAACCUCGAACAGUCGAUACUCCCCUCAAUCAAGUAGCCAAUCCAAACUCUGCCAUCUUCGGAGGAGCCAAGCCCCGGGAGGAAGUAGUAAAAGAACACGACUGAGUUUGGGGUUGAGAGGGAAUGGGGAGGCGGGAGAAAAAGCAAGACAGUACAGAGUGACUAGCUCUGCUGGAAUGUCAACCCUGCAGUUUACCAUUCCUGCCAUCUGGUAUUUGUCCUCUUUGAAACCGAAAACACAGAGCUUGUGAAUGCAUGUCAGCUGUUAACAAGUGGUUUUUAGUACGUUCUUGGCUUUGCUGUAUCUAGUGCCUGCUUUGUGCUGAGUUUCCCUCUUCUGUUUCCUUCCAAGCAGCACAGUUGCCAGUAGAUAAGGCAGUGUGGCUGCUUCCACAAGUGUGGAGGUCUCUGGACAAAGGUGCUGCUUCACUUCUUCCUUUCUGGGUUUGUUUUACUUUAGAAGCACAGGUUAGACUUAGUUAUUUCCCUGUAUUGUUUCCUUUUACUUCCUCAGUGUUCCUCUUCUGACUUGCAUGUCUCGUUCUGUAUUGCUGUGGCUCUGAAGAGGAAAACUGAAGAGUCCAGAUGAGUUGAACAGAAAUUUACAGUUCUAACCAAGUAGUGAAAUACCAUUUAUGACAAUUGGUGAUAGUCACUGUUCACAGCAGAGCCCCUUAUGAAACUAAGGGGGGCAGCUGCCCUUUCACAUGGGUUGCCAGGAGGGAUCAAUUUAAUGGAUGCCUUGCCUGGCAAGCCUGGUGAAGAGCUGGUGGAAUCAGUAUGGAUAAAGCCUCUGCCAGCAGCCUCUUCCUGCUGGCUCUUGACUUCCAAAUGGUAUGAUGCUACUACAACUCUGAGCUCAAGGUUAGUGCUGCAAAGCCAUGCCUGUUUGAGCACAACUGCUCACUGGCUCUUUCUGCUUACUUUUUUGGGUUUUACAUGUUUGGUAAAUUUUUAAAUGAAGUUUCUACAAAUAAAAUUGACUUUUUUAUUUUUGUUGAAGGAGUGUAUACUUUGCCAUGCAGUAUUUGAUCGUCACUAUCCCCUGUAUUUCUUUGCCCAGCUGGGUACAGUUCUAGGACCUCAGCUUUCAGAAUACCUUGAAAAUGGGCAGAUUAGAAAUCUUUCUGCUAUAGAUUCUCGUGUAGAAGUUGGGGUAAAAAGCAUCUCUUGUUACUACACCUCUCUUCCCUUGAAAUGUUUCUUGUCAGUGUUGUGUGGGAGGAGGGAGGGGAGGCUGAAGCAAAAGGAGAGAUCAUUAAUUUUUAAAACCAAAACCUGGUUCUACCACACUGAAGUUUGGACAUGUCCAGUGUAUGGGAAAAGCUUGGGCCCCCAUUGCCAGUGCUGAGAGCCUUCAGAUAAACCAGCCAGCACCCCAGAGUACUUACAAGAGGAGGUUGGAAGCACGGCUGCCCCACUACCAGCACCACUGCUAGUGAUGAAUUUCUUCCCUAAGGUUCCCACUGUAAGUCAGAGUCCCAGCAAUUUACAGAACUAUUCUUUCCUUCUUUCUGCCUUUCACUUAAUCUGCUUCUGAGAUAAGAACCAUUUGUCUAACACUAAUACUUAAUUUAAGACAGACAUGCAUUUGUGUGGUUGUAUUCCAAACCAAUAAUUGAUCUAUUUACAUCUUCAAUGUGGAAAAGAUUUUAAGAACAAAUUCCCAUAUAAAAAAAAACUCACUUCUAGUCAAGACAGUUGACUUUUAAAUGUAAAAACAAAGGAAAAAAAAAAAAAGAAUUCCAAACACUUAGCACAUUCUGCUUCAUAACAAAAUAAAUUUAUGGAUAUGGUAUUUUGUGAAUGAUCUUUUAAAUAAAAGAAAACAUUAAGUAAUAUUUAACAUUGGUCUUUAUUUGAGUCUACUCUACCAUGUUUUUCCCCCCCUGAGUUUUCAAAUAUUGUGUUAAUUUGUCCCAUUCUGAUACAAAAUAAGGGGGGGAAGAGGAAAAGAUAAAGGGGAGGAAUCUAAUCUAAAGAGUGCUGGAACAGUGAAGUAAAAAUUAAUUAUGGGUGGAAAUGAGCCCAACUUCUUUGUCCUGUGACUUCAGUGUCACUUGAGUGCAUUGCUAAGGCUGCCAGGUGGGAUUUGGAAUUCCUGCAGAGUGCAGGUCUGCAGCUGCCCAGGCUGUGCUCCUCCAGGUGGGUGCUGCUGCCCUGUGCCAGCACCAGGCAGGCUGUGUCCUUCCAGUGUGAGUGCUGAGACAGUGAAUGGAUCAGCUGCUGCUGUUUGCCAACUUCCUCCAGCCUUUUGCAGCUGCCCCAUUUCCCAGGAGCCCUCCUGGUUAAGGAGGCUGCUGCCCUGGGGCUGUGGCUGUGCUUUAAUGCACUGCAGGAGAAGCUGAACGAGGUAGAGCAGUGUUUUUAUUGAGGAAAUGAGCUCUGACCUCCCUGCUGGUUUUACAGCUUUCCAUAGCCUGAAAGGAUGGAAAGUGUUCCUGCUUCCAGCUACUCAGUCCAUCCUCUCUUUAGAGCUGCUCUUGGCUCAGCUUGAGCAGAGUCCCAGUCCUGGGCUGGGGCUGGGUGUGGCAGCCCCUGCCUGUCCUGCCUGUCACCCUCAGGAGGGUGGAAGAGCAGGGCUGGAUGAGAGCUGGUCCCCUGCAGCUCUUGCCACACUUACCCACAGCUGCUCUGCCAAACUGGUGCUGCUGGAAGCAGGGAUUUCAUCACUGCAUGGGGAAAAGGAUCCCUGAUGAGUGAGAGAGGUGGCAAAUGGGUCAUCUUAGUUCCAGAUGACUUUUUCUGUAUCUGCUCAUACUGCUUUGGUUAAGGGUUCCCCACUAGUGAAUGCAGCCUGAUCCAAAAUCAUCGUGUCAUCUUUCUUUUUUUUUCAGGAGUUUUUCAUUUGCAAACAUUAAUGCAUUGCCUGGUUUCUUUGGAGCAUUCCACACUGUGCUUCCUAUGUGGCUCAGGGUCAGACUCCUCCAGUCCUUUUUCUUUCCCUCCUUCAAAAAUUCAGUGGAUGAACAUUUUCCUGUACAGAAGCUUAUCAAACCAGUUUUUGUUUAACAGUUAAUUAUAUUAAAUAUAUGGAUGUGGCAUUUAAGUUUUGUAGGAGAAAGCAAGAUUAUUUUCUUCCCAUCCUACCAGGAAAUGCUGUAGAGGUUUAACCUGUGGUGCUUAACUUUAUCUGCUGCUUAAAGCUAAGCCUGGCAUGGCAAAGCUCAGACUGAGGAGGUACCAGCAGUGUAGCAAAUGGAUCAUUCACUUUGUGGCUAUUCAUGCUCUCACUGAGUUAUUUCUGGUAGCUGUGCAGUGCUUUCUUCCAGCUUAAACUUAGAAAAAUAAACAAAACUGAAGGCAGGAAGGCACCAGGCAGGUUUUGGAACUGAAGCCAAGUUUGCUUUGCUACUGUAGAAGUGCUUUGCCAUGUUACUCCAGUUUGGCUGCAAGUGGGGAAGGUGGGAGUCUGGAAGAGCUGCUGGACCCUGCAGCAGUGGACAGUAGCAUUUAAUGUGCUGUAAAACUCUGCUGUCAACCAGCAAAAAAUAACCCCCACUGAGCUCCUGAGCCCAGGAAUGCCCUUGGGAGAGCUCAUCCCAGCCCUCAGGGCAGCACCCAGUGCUGGCACGGGUGUGUUGCUGACUCACUGGGCUGUGCAAGCCUGGAGCAACUUCUGAGGGGGCUCUUUGUGCUCUUUGUGGCUGUCAGGGUUGUUCUGGUGGCUGAAGAAGGAGGAGUGUUCACACACUCCAGUAAUGGGCUGGUGAUGGUACAGUCACAUUAAAUUCGUGCCCUCAAGUGUGGCUUACUGACCUUCCUAAAGCAGCAGCAACUUGCUCACCAGUCUGCUCUGAAUCUCCUGUGCUGACUGAAUUUCUGAUUUUCUCCAGGUGUCCCAGGGCUGAUGAUGAUUGUGGCCAAGCUUGCUGUCUCAGGGCAGUUUUGGAUAAUACUGAUACUUCUAACUUAAGAACACUGUUAGAGUUUCAAUCCUGACUUUAGUACAUAGUCUAGUAGAAGCAUUUGCUACCUGUAGUACUGGCUGCUGACUUGUCUUCAGGAAAGCUGCAAAAACUGUGAGAAUUUUAGAGCAAAUCCUGUAAUAUUGCAACCCUUCCUCUUUGUAGGAAAGAUUUAAUACUAAAGCCAGCAAAUUUUGGAAUAUAUGUGCAACCUCUUCAACCAGAGAGUGCUGGCAUGUUGCAGCUUGCAGAGCAGCCCUUGUCCUGCUGCCUGCUUUGGACAAAUCUGCUUGGAGUGACUUUGCUGGAAGCUCCCUGUUCCCCUGGGUGUGUUCUGGACACAGGCUCUGUGUGUCAGGUGGCUCCAAGGCACAGUCACAGGUUUUCUGUGCCAACCCCAUCCCCUCUCUGUGCACAGAAGCUGUCUGGUGGUUAUUUGCACUCACAGCAAGAGCAGGGGAGAGGAGCUGUUAACACUGAGCAUCUUGAAAUCUGUGUUAAGUUGAUGUUUUACAUUCUGAUGGUUUGUGUUUCACUACCAGUGGAGUGCAAAGGCUCUGCAGGAAAGGGACUGCUUGCCUAUUCCAGCAUAUUCUAGUGUAGAAUAUCCAGUUACCUUUGUACUUCUCAAGGGCUUCCCUGGGAUGGAUUCUCGGGAUGCAAUUUAGUUGGUGUUGCUUGUCUUAAAUUUUUAGAAAGGGGAGUUUCUGUGACUGAAAAAGAAUUUGAUUUCUAGCUGAGAGUGGAACUUUCUCAUCUCCUUCCUCUCAAAUGUCUCUUACCCACUGCAGGAAUGAAGUAUAUUAUAAGUGGCAGAGAGACAUCAUUUAUUUGGUGCAUACAUUUUAUUUAUAUAAUCUGUAAUUUAUUCUGUUGUUUGUGAUAGCACUUGCUGUAGCAGUAUUAAACCAAACUGAAUAGAAGCAUUUAGGAUGGUGUAAUCAUAUUUUUGACCCUGCUUGCUGAAAGGCUUUAAUCCUUCAGUGCCAGACACUUGACUCUGAAGCCUGAUGCACAUUAGUAAUAGCAAUACCUUGAUGGCAUUCUAUGUUCAGCCCCUCUCCUGUGCAUUAGGGCCUGCAGGGAAGCUCUGCUGUUCUCCUGUGUGUGCUCCCAGGAACCCAAGGGGGACACAAGACACGAGCCAUUAGGUUCUGGUGGUGUCUCGGUGGGCACGUGGUGUCAGCAUUAUUAGAUCUGAAAUUGUGUUCCUCAUCUCACUGUACCUGUUUGACUAAAUCUGAAGCAUUUUCUGGUUCCCUUUUCCAACUCUGUUCUGUGCCAUCACCUGCUCAGCAGCAGGUUCAGUGUGACAUCAGUUUCCCUCAUUUCUGUCCCCUCUGCAGCAAAGUGCAUCCAAGGGCUUCGAGGACUUUCAGCACUGUUACAGGAACAACCCUCUUACCUGUGUGCUCACCAAUUCCUGUGUAAAGCUCUAGAGUAUCCCAGGGUUGAUGUUUUUGGGAUGUUAGUGCUGGGAAUGCUACCACCACCUUUCUGCCCAGUAGGUUUCAGCCAGGUUAGUGUUCCCUGUGGUCAGGAUUUGCCUCCUACCACGAGAUUGUUUUGUUCAUGUCACCGUGCUCCCGAGAUCUGCCUCUUUCUUUUAAAUAAACCAAAAACUCACAAAGUACCUCUAUAAACCCCUGCAAAAUCUGUACUGUAACAAAUCUGUAUAAUUUGUAUUGCUGUAUAAAAAUUCAAAUAAAAGCAUUCAAACCUUC